GAAUCCUCAGAUGGACACUCUCUCAACCAUUACUUGCUUCUCUACAUGCACAAGAACUUCAUUUUCGAGAUCAGCUCCAAAACCAUUUUUUAAGAGAAUCCCACCAACUGUCUCAUUGUUUAGAGCUACAUCUCAUCCAGGGUAUAUGAUUGAGUGGUCUCCUCAUUCCUUUCAGCUUUGAACAAGUGAAAUUUGUACAGAGAAUGAGUAAAUUUGCUGGGAAGUGUUUCAGUAGCUUCGAAUAGGGGACUGCCCUUUUAAUUUACGGGCAGUUGUUGAUUUUGAUGAUAUUAUAUAUAGCAUGUUUGAUUUUGUUUUCUUGUAUUCCAGUAAGAGAACUUGCAGAAGGGGAUGUUUUGAAAAUCUUCCUCAAGGAAAGGGAGCUAAAUGGAGACUUUGUAUCCAAAGCUUCUGAUAUGUUUUGGCUGAAAGAGGUCGAGAAAUUUGUUGAUUUUGAUUCUGCUAAACUGGCUGACAAUCCUCAAGAAUCAGAGCAGGUAAUCGGAAGUGAUAAUGAUGAAGGGUUUUUGAAACUUUCCAAAACCCAGGAAUGGAUAUUAGGUGACAACUCUGCUCCAAUGAAUAAGAAAGCGAUAGCUAAGGCAAUGCAGAAUGAUAGUGAAAGAAGGAAGAAACUGAAUCUGCUCAGAUAUGAAGCUCUCAAAAGGGAAUUGAUGCUUUUAUCAGUUGCUAUUGGAACUGCAUGUAGUGGGUAUUGUUUGAUUGCUUUAUCACUCGAGGCUGCUAUCAGUUAUGUAGUUGGGGUACUUUUCAGUUGCUUGUACCUUCAACUCUUAUGUCAACAUGCAGACAACCUAUCCAAAGAUAUGAUUCCUCCAAUCUUCAUGCAAAAGAAGCCUAAGAAAAUAGGGAUAAGAAGCGAGGAUAUUAGGGACUCAAUAGAGAGAUCAAUUAAGGGCAGUGGUAUGGCUCUUUCUUCUCCAAGGCUUGUGAUCCCAGCUGCAAUUUAUGGAUUGUGGGUCCUAUCCCAUCAGUAUUUUGGCAGUGAUGUUUUUGAUUUUCAGAUAGUUCCAGCCAUGUUUGGAAUGUUUGUGUACAAAGCUGCUGCUCUUGUUCAAUUAUACAGAGAUAAUGAAGACCUGAAAUUUGUCUUCCCAGAAAAAGUGCAAGGUUCAAGAAACAGAUGAAUAUCAUCAAAAGGGUAUUUCAUUAGAAGAAUUUGAUGCUUCUAUCACACUUCCAUUGGUGUGUCUACUCCGAAUUAAUUAAGAAGGCAUAUCCGUACAAUGAGUUGCUCCAUAGAAAAUUGCAUGGCUUAUACAGAAGUUACAAGUGUUUUUGUCUCAAAGUGAUCCUGCAAACCACCUGGCUGCUCCUUACAGCGUGGUCUCAUGACAAGUGGAAGUUGUAAUAAGGUGAUUGCCAUGAAAAAAGAGUUGUGAUAUUAGGAGAUGGUCACUUUUCUACAAUUUUUUUAUGGCUUUUUCUGAUGUAGUAAGUGCACAAAUUCAGGUCGCUGGUCAUCUAAGUUCUAGGGUUUCAUAAUAUAUGUAUGAAAGACCUUUCCAUUUCUGUCCAUAAAUUGUUCUACAGCAACUUUGGAUGUCGUUUAACAUGAUCAAUUUAUCAUUGACAAUUUCAUAUA